AUGCUAUCCGCGAUAGUUCGACUAUUUCGGAUGCGCUGGGUGUCAUUCCUUGCCUUGUUCCCUAGUUUGUGGGAUCGACUCCUGCAGCUUGCUUCUUUCUCAACUACUCAAACUUCAACGAACCAAGAUCAAAGCAACGAUGCCAAGAAUAAGGUCCAGGCGCCAGAUCUUAGUAAUUCGGCCACGGAUACGAGCGCCGCCAGUCUUGGUAGCAACCAAUUCCCCGUUCUUACCGAAGACCAGUCCAUCCAAGCAAGACGAGAAUUUAUCGAGUCCCUUGAUCUAUCUGCCAUCUGUGCAUUGGCGUCAAAAUAUAACAGUAAUAAGUCUUGCCGAGUCGUAAACAAGGCCAGUGGUAGUUUUAAUGUUUGCUUCUUUGUUAAAUUUGUCACCGAUGAGCCAAAAUGGGUUGUCAGAGUCCCCAUCGAGCCUGCUGUGAAUAAUCCAUGGGAUAAAUUGCUAAGCGAAGUGACUACCAUCCAAUACCUUGAGCAUCAUACCCAAAUUCCACUCCCCUGCGUUCGGGCUUAUGGUCGCGGUGCUAUUUUGACAAAAAGUGGCAUUGGAACUCAGAUGUUUCUCAUUACAGACUUCAUCGAGGGUCAUUCGCUGGACAGAAAGCGGCUGCUUGUCGCUAAGGAGGAGCACCGACGGAACUUUUACUCUCAACUAAUCGAUAUCCUCACUGAACUUCACGGCCUUAGGUUCCCCUCGAUUGGCUCUCUAAUGCCGAAUCCGGAUGACCCCUCUCGCCCUAUCAUUGGCCCUGUCAUGUCUAUGUCUGCCAAUACACUUCGCCUUCCCCCUCCGUUAAUGUUCUCAUCCGCCAUGGCAUAUAUGAAAUACCAGUUCAGCCUCGUAUCAGGUUUCUUCUCGCCUCCAGUUCGCGAUCAUACCAUUGAGGAUAUCCGACACGAAAUCUUUGCUCUUCACGCCUUGAAACGUAUUUUCGAGCAGCUGGUUGACCCUCAGCUUGACCAUGGCCCUUUCAUCUUAAACCAUCAGGACUUACGAAGUCCCAACAUCAUCGUAGAUGACGACUUAAACAUCCAGGGUAUAAUUGACUGGGAGUUCUCGAGCACUGUUCCGCGUCCAACGUUCACGCCGCCGUCUUGGAUCACGGGCCAUGACUCACCCGAGACGGACACACAAAUCCAUGCCGAGUUUUGCAGCGUCUUGAAUGAGAAGGGCACCACCAACGAACUCUGUAAUCAGUUGAAAAGGGAGUGGUAUACUUCUGAGGAUACAGAUAUUAAGUUUUGCGUCGCCCAUAUAAUGCGUCGUCCUACCGAUGCCACGGACAUUUUCUACGACUUCCUGUGUUACAAGGUAAUCAGACAUUUAUCUGAAGAUAACCUUGAUGAUGUGGUUUCUGAGUUCUUCGAUGAGCAUCCUGAACUUACCUUGCACGCUCAACGCCAGGCACAAAGGUGUGAGCGGUAUAUUCAGUACUUGAAGGAAAACGGGUUGUAUGAGACCGAGAUAGAUAAGAUACUCGCCGAGUCGAAAGUAUUAAAGGCAAAAUACGGCUGGCAAUAG